GUGAAGGGCUCAACUGGUGGAAUAUAUCGACCUCAGUCCCGUCAAUGGUGGUACAUUUAGCUCCCUCACAUCAAAAUCUGCAUCCAGUGUCAAAAUUGUCCAACCUAGGUCCCCUACCUCCUGCUGCUCCAACUCCUGCUGCACCCACCUCCACUGGUGUCGAUGGGGAUCCUCAUGUAAAGUCUUGGACCGGCAAACACUUCAUGUACAUGGGUGAAUGGUUCCACCCGUCGCGUACCUUUAGAACCAUAAAAAGAGAGGCAUGUUUUCCAAAACAUCAUGCCAACAAGCACGAUUAGCGCUGGGGGAGCUAAAACCGUGCCAUUUUGCCUUUGUCACGCGCUUCCUCGAUACUCGGCGUGUUUCGUGUCGAUGCUGUUCUCUUCUGAAGUUGCUUCACGAGGCGACAGUGGAGUUUCUUAAAGAUUAGUUCGCCUCUGUACACCCCCAAAAAACUCGUGAUUGUAUGCUAUUUAAGCCCCGGGAAUAAAAGUGGCUUCGAUAUCGACCGAUAUCUUGAGGGCUCAUGCCUUCGGCAGCCUGAAUCUUAAAGAUUAGUUCGCCUCUGUACACCCGCAAAAAAUUCGUGAUUGUAUGCAAGAGUAUUUAAGCCCCGGGAAUAAAAGUGGCUUCGAUAUCGAUAUCUUCACCUCUCCAAUGCUCUCCAUCACAGGUUGUUGAGCGCGGUGCGAUCUCGUCCGACUCCCGACUAUGAUCUGGUUGCUUUGGCAAUCAGAACUCUUACAUUUGACAAAGCGGACCUUGUUAGAGUCUCGCCUUUGAAGCUGCCAAUACCAGAGGAUUGAGAACCAAAAAGACUUUCUCGAGUACAAUGGCUAAGAAAACUUAAUACAAGCGCGAGGCUACUUAGAAUGGUGGGCUUUUCUCCUUUCAAUCUCGAUUUGAGUGGAUCGCGCAAAAAUAAAGAACCGAAGCAGGUCUCUCGCAAGGCAACUGCGAUCCCUACAUCACCUUUUUGAGGGGAGAUCCUUGGCCAGAGUUUUGAGGUUGUUGCUCUCACAUUUCAGGUCCUUGGCUUUGCAAACAUGAAGUUUGGAAAACUGUCCCUCUCCGUCCUCGUGGCUGGUCUCUUUUUGACUGGGGCCACAGCCCAGACUUGCCCUGCUAACCCAUUUCCUCCUGUCACUACCGGACCUUAUGGUCCAGCUAACAACCAUUGUGUGCAGGGCGGAAAUGGAACUCCCUUUGGAUUUGAAUUUGCCUACAAGAUUACAGGCUGCCCAGACUCUGGUGGCCCUUUGACCCCUGUUGUCUACACUCUUGAUACCGGUAACUUGAAUGGUAACCCAGGAACUUGUCCCAUUGCUAGUUCCAUUCAGGUCACUGUCAGAUGUAAUGGUGCAUCCAAGGAUGCCACCAUUUCCUGGACUGGUGCAGGUACUUCGAAUCUUGCCAUCAAGGUGAAGGGCUCAACUGGUGGGUAUAUUGACCUCAGUCCCACCAAUGGUGGCACCUUUAGCUCUCAGAAUGGUCACGGCAUCAGUCACAUUGAAAUCUGCAUCCAGUGUCCAAACUGUCCACAACCCACACCCACUCCCCCUACCGGCGGGCCCCCUACUGCCAGGCCUCCCACCAAUGGUAUGGGUGGAGAUCCUCAUGUGAAGUCAUGGAAUGGUGAACAUUUUGAUUACAUGGGUGAAUGUGACCUCAAGCUGAUGCAUGCUCCCAAGUUUGAUGGUGAACAGGACCUCACUGUCCAUGCCCGCACCACCAUCCAGCAUGAUUAUAGUUACAUGGAGACAGCUGCUGUAAGGAUUGGAACUGACACUCUGGAGGUGAGCAGCUGGGGAGAGUAUGCCCUCAAUGGAGUGGAAGGUGCCCUGUUCGAACAGCCUGUUCUGAGGAAGGGCAAUGCCCUGAACACCCUGGGAGGGUAUCCGGUCUUCCACACUCAGAUGAGCAAGAUUCAUCAUUUGUUUGAUGUCGUCCUUGGACCCAAAGAGAAUGUGACUCUCAGCAAUAUCAAGAACAUUGUCAGUGUCAAAGUCAACCACAACACCAAUGACCAUUUUGUUGAUGUUGAAGGAUUGUUGGGUCACAUUAAUGGAAAGCUGCUGGCGCGUGAUGGAGUCACUGACUUGCAUGAUGACAUCAAUGCGUUCGGACAAGAGUGGCAGGUCAGAGAUGAUGAGCCAAUGCUUUUCCGAUCUGUAAGGGAACCUCAGUACCCCAACAGGUGCCGUCUCCCAGAUAUCCAGGAAAAGGAAUCUCGUCGUCUCAGUGAAGGUAUCACGGAAGAAGUUGCCACGGCUGCCUGUGCUCAUUUGAGGGCUGAUGCCCAAGCCUUUGCUGACUGUGUCUAUGAUGUGACUGCCACCAAUGACCUUGACAUGGCCGAUGUCGGAGCCUACUAAGUGGCUGGCUUGGAUGACAAAAUUGUAGCAGGACUAGCAAACCCCAUGCCUUCUCAAAAAGAUAUACAUGAAAACUCAGAGCAAAAGAUGCAAUCGGUACCUUGAUGAAGCAUCACAUGGAACAUUCUGAGGAGAGUGUUGUGUGCUUGUUGCUUUUGUAGUUGAAACAGAAACGUAACUAUUAGUUGUAUGACAUUGGACGAACAGUCACAUGUUGUUUUGUGGUACCGGUUCCUGGUAGCG